AUGGAUCGGACAGUGGGCAAAGAGCUCAACCUGGCGCCGCUACAGGACUGGGGCGAGGAGACCGAGGACGGCGCGGUGUACAGCGUCUCCCUGCGGCGGCAGCGCAGUCAGCGCUUGAGCCCGGGGGAGAGGCCUGGGGGCAGCCAGGCACCCAACCGCGCUGCAGACGCUUUUCUCCAUUACCGCACGAGCAAGGUGCGAGCGCUGAGGGCGGCGCCGCUGGAGCGGCUGGUGCGCGAGCUGGUGUCCGGAGACCGCGAGCAGGAUCCGGGAUUCGUGCCCGCCUUCCUGGCCACGCACCGGGCCUUUGUGCCCACUGCCCGCGUGCUGGGUCUUCUGCUGCCGCCGCCGCCGCCGCCGCUGCCGUCGGGGGUAAAGAUCAAGAAGACGGAGGGACAAGAACUGAACUUCAACAAGAACCUGAGGGCUGUGGUGUCCGUGCUGGGCUCCUGGCUUCGAGACCACCCUCAGGACUUCCACGACCCCCCUGCCCACUCGGCCCUGGGCAGCGUCUGCACCUUUCUGGGCUGGGCAGCCCCAGGGGGAGCAGAGGCCAAGGAGGCAAACAGGCUGCUGGGAGAUUUCUUGGAGGAGGCUGAACGGGAGCAGGAAGAAGAGGAGCAGCCUGACCCGUGGGCAGGACCUCCCGGAGCUGCCCAGACCUGGCCAAGCUCCCCGGAGGGCUGCAUGGAAGAAGAGGAAGGAUUCCAAGGAUUUGUGCCGAAGGGCCCCGAGCUCCUGGACUUCAGCGUGGACGAGGUGGCGGAGCAGCUGACCUUGAUGGAUGUGGAGCUCUUCUCGAGGGUGCGGCCCUGCGAGUGCCUGGGCUCCGUGUGGUCGCAGCGGGACCGGCCGGGGGCUGCGGGCACUGCCCCGACCGUGCGCGCCACCGUGGCCCAGUUCAAUAAAGUGACGGGCUGCGUACUGGGCUCGGUGCUCGGGGCGCCGGGCCUGGCCUCCCCGCAGCGGGCGCAGCGGCUGGAGAAGUGGAUCCGCAUCGCCCAGCGCUGCCGAGAACUGCGGAACUUCUCCUCCUUGCGCGCCAUCCUGUCCGCCCUGCAGUCUAACCCUAUUUACAGGCUCAAGCGCAGCUGGGGCGCGGUGAGCCGGGAACCGUUAUCCACUUUCAGGAAACUUUCGCAGAUUUUCUCUGAUGAGAACAAUCACCUCAGCAGCAGAGAGAUUCUUUCUCAGGAGGAGGCUGUUGAGGUACCCCAACAGGAGGACACUCCCCGAGGAAGCCUGACUUCAAAGCUGUCUUCAGGUCCUGUCCCCUACCUCGGUACCUUCCUCACGGACCUGGUUAUGCUGGACACCGCCCUGCCAGACAUGCUGGAGGGGGAUCUCAUCAACUUUGAGAAGAGGAGGAAGGAGUGGGAGAUCCUGGCCCGCAUCCAGCAGCUGCAGAGGCGCUGUCAGAGCUACUGCCUGAGCCCCCACGUGCCUAUCCUGGCCGCCCUGCGUGCCCAGCGCCAGCUCAGCGAGGAGCAGAGUUACCGCAUCUCCCGCGUCAUUGAGCCGCCGGCUGCCUCCUGCCCCAGCUCCCCACACAUCCGGCGGCAUAUCAGCCUCACCAAGCGCCUCAGUGCGAAGCUGUCCCGAGAGAAAGGCUCGUCCCCUGGUGGGAGCCCCAGGGACCCCUCAUCUCCCACCUCCAGGCUCUGCAUCUGCCCCAGUCUGUCUCCAGGCUCCCCCCCAUCCAGCCCUAAAACCAAGGACCCUCCUCUUGGCACUCCCACAGCCUCUCCAGGGCCCCGAGGCCCUAGCACCAAGCUGCCCCUGGGUCCAGACAUCCCAGGCCCCCGGGCCCAGGCCUUGCCGCUGAGUGGCCCUCACGUCCCCCUCUCCGGGCAGCAGAGCUCAGAUACCCGUGUCAUCCGCGUCAGCAUCGACAAUGACCACGGGAACCUGUACCGGAGCAUCUUGCUAACUAGUCAGGACAAGGCCCCCAGCGUGGUACAGCGAGCCUUGCAGAAGCACAAUGUGGUCCAGCCCGGGGCCCAGGACUACCAGCUCUUCCAGGUCCUUCCUGGGGACAGGGAGCUCCUGAUUCCUGACAAUGCCAACGUCUUCUAUGCAAUGAGUCCAACUGCCCCUGAAGACUUCGUGCUGCGGCGGAAGGAGGGAGCUCGGCACCCACCCUCUCUUUCCCUAACUUGA